UUUGAAAAAAAAUUUUUUACUCUUUGAUAGGUCUUAUGCAAAAUACAACAAGUCCACCUACAACUCCAUUUGUUCCAGCUACACUUAUCUCUUUAUUACCCGAUGUCCGUCCUCGUGCUCCAAUUACUUUGCCAAAUAUGCUUCCUUCUCAUCCUUCACAAUUGCAACAUUCAACAGCAAUUAUGGAUGGAGAUAGAAUUCAAAUGAAUUCAAAUUCUCUAUUUCCUGAUAAAAAUACUUUUAACUCUACAAAUCUUGGAUUAAGAAAAAUGAAAGAAGAUCAGAUACGAAUUGAACAACAGCCACAUUAUGAAAAAAAGCGGCGUAAACGAAAACGGAAAUCAAUAUUAAUUAUUGACGAACAAAUAAGUUUAGCUGAUGAGGAAAAUAUGGCUGAUUAUAGGUAUUUUUAA